UUCGGUCUUUCGGGCUGAGCAGGAAGCGAUCUGUGGGGGGAGAGAAAACAUACCACCACCACCACCACCAGCAGGAGCAAAGAAAAUGGAGAUGGUGUGUGAGAACGGGACCCGCAGACCGUACAGGACACCGAGUGAAGCGGAUCGGCAGCUGGUGCACAGAUGGACGAGCGCUGACAUGUCUGCCAACCACCACAGUUGCCUCCUGAAGCAGUUGGACCAGCAGCGACGCCAGGAGCUGUUCUGUGACUGCAACGUCCUGGUAGGUGGACGCCUUUUCCGAGCACACCGCAACGUCCUAUUUGGGAGCAGCGGUUACUUCCGCAUGCUGCUGUCUCAGGGCGCGCGGGACAGCCUGGAACCUGCAAGGGCCUCAUUCGACGCCUUCACCCCCGAUACCUUCGCCACCAUCCUAGACUUUGUGUACUCUGGUCACCUGGCUCUGGGCAGUGCCAACGUGAUCGAGGUGAUGUCUGCAGCCAGCUACCUGCAGAUGGACAAUGUCAUCGCCUAUUGCAAGGCCUUCAUCGAGUCCUCGCUGGAGAUCAGUGCCAAGGAGGCAACCGAGGACAUUCUGCCUCCUCAGAGCAUCCUGUGGGAACACCAGGAUGACUGCAACGACGAGGACGCGUAUGAGACAGAGGUGACGAACGAACAGAGCCCACAGUGCCAGCAGGUUCUGGAGACGGGCUUGAAGGAGGAGCAAAUGGGGCAGUUCGAGGCAGUUUCUGAACCCAGGAGGAGAGGAACCAGGAAAAGAUCAGCCACUCAUCGGUACACCCCAGACGAGAGUUCGCCGAUUGACCUCCAGAGAGCAGCAGCGGGCACACAGAAAGCUGACGAGCUCUAUGCCACCCUGCCUACCAUCGUCGGAGUUGUGGGGGUUUUCAAUAAAGACUCCACCCCCACAGUGCGCUUUAAGUGUCCGUUCUGCACACACACGGUAAAGAGGAAGGCGGAUCUGAAGAGACACCUGAGGUGCCACACGGGUGAGAGGCCGUACCCCUGCCAGGCCUGCAGUAAACGCUUCACUCGUCUUGAGCAUCUGCGCAGCCACUUUGAGACGAUCCACCAGGCACGUAAACUGGUGUGCCGGAAGUGUAAGCGACACGUGACGGAGCAGAACAGCCGUGUGGUGUGCGAGGGCUCACGCCGAUACCGGCUCUGUGAGGUGUGCCUACAGGAGAGCGGCCUGGUGGCACGGGAUGGCACCGACGCCAACACGGAGGAGCCUGGACUUCUGUUAGGGGUGGAGGAAGAACUGGAGGGAAACCGCAAUGCCUCGUGGGGGGUGGGGGAUGAGGAUGAUCUUGCUGAGGAUUCAGGAACUGACCUCAUCAUUCAGGAAGUGGAGGACAGCGACGAGGAGCCCAGCGCAAAGUGACGCUCGGCGGUGCGACUGAGUGAGUGAGCGAGCGAGCGAGCGAGUGUUAGGAGUUUGCGCCAAAUUCAGUUUCACUUCUUUUAAAAACGGGCAUAUUUGAAUCAAAGAAAAUGUUCUAUAAUAAAUGUAUAAUUGUAUUAUUGUAAUAUAAAAGUCUGUAAAUAGUUUAUUUCAAUAUCACAGUUGGUUAAAUUAUUUCCUCUUGCUUCUUAUAUAAGGAAAGAAAUAAUCCUGCAAUGUAACAUUUUGGCAAAAUAAGUCACGAUACGUUUCCUGCAUUUUCCUGUCACUUAUGCUUAGAAGUCUGUUAUCUACAGUUACGCUCACUGGCCACUUUAUUAGGAACACGUAAACAAAACACCUGCUGUUUUAUGCAGUUCUCUAAUCAGCAGCAUGAUGCAGUAAAUCUUGCAGAUACAAAUCAAGAGCUUCAGUUCAUUAAUGUUCACACGUCAGAAUGGGGAAAAAUUGUGAUCUCAAAGAUGGACUGGUUUGAGUAUUUCACAAACUGCUGAUCUCGUGGGGUUUUCACACACUACAGUCUCUAGAGUUUACACAGAUAGAAUGGUGCGAAAAACAAAAAACUUCGAGUGAGUGAAGGAGCGACAGUUCUGUGUGUGGAAACAAACACCGUGUUGAUAAGAGAGGUCAGAGGAAAAUGGGCAGAUUGGUUUGGAAGGAUAUAGUAACUCGUAUAAUCACUCUUUACAGCCGUGGUGAGCAGAAAAGCAUCUCGGUAUGCAACAGCAGAAAGACGACCACGUUGGGUUCCACUCCUGCAGCCAAGAACAAGUUCCUAUUAAAGUGGCCAAUGAGUGUGUGUUCACUUCACCAAAUAUUUUAGCCAGUUGUAAAGAUUCAUAAUAAUGUUUUUAGUGUUAAAUUUUACAUUGUCCAAGAGACUUUAUUUACAUCACUGUUUGAACAAUCAAGCAUCAUUUUCUCUUAAUGUCAAGUACAAUUUUAUGGAAAUGAAUACACUUUGCACUCCUCCAUCAAUCAUCCUCAUUCUCUUUUUUUAUUAUUAUUAUUGUUGUUGUUGUUGUUGCUGUUGUUGUUGUUGUUUGUUU